AUGUCUAACACAAAUUUUGGACCACACGAUAUAAACAAUCAAUGUCAGCGGUUGAUGCAAUUCACAAGUGGUAAUACCAGCAUUCCAAUUACUGUUUCUAAUAACCAACAAUUGGUUCAUCAAAUUUUCAGUCCUCAGUCAAGUUUUCUUAACGCAAUGGCGAGCCAAGUUCCAAUAAAACAAGAAAUUUUUGAUAGUUGUAACGAACAAUCAGCUAGUCAACUUAUCAAUACUCAGUCAAGUCUCCCAAAUCUUAUAACCCGUCAAGUUUUAAUAAAGCAAGAAGUUUUUGAUAGUAACAACAACGAUGGUAGUAAUAUUCCAGUGCCUAUAAAAGUAAUUGGUCUAAAACCAGGAGAGAACCUAUCGAUGAACAAUAUUCAGGGUUUACUGCCAGGAGCACAGGGUAGCAUAUUUUUAAAAACCAAUAAUGACUUUCAGCUGGUUAAAAUCGGUUCUACAUUAAAUAGCGGGGAUACAAAUUUUCGUCCCAUGCCGAUUGCUCCUAAAGUUACUACUUCUUCGACAACUGUCGCACCAAUUGCUAUAUCUUAUCAUCUAACAUCAAGUUCGGGAACAUUAAAUUUAAACCAAAGGCCUGUUGUAUCAUCACAAACUUCAGUGACUUCUCGUAUAACCGCGUCAGUCCCUUCAGUGAUUGUUAAUACGACUGCUCCAUCUACAAUGAAAACAGUAUCAGCAAAUUCAGUUGUAUCUACAAGCCCAGCAGCUUCAACUCAAUCAGAUAAAGAGAAAAUUGGUCUACCGAAGCUGCAUAAAUUUUUCCACUACUUUUUCGUCGACAAAAAAAUAGGAGCCGAAGAUUUUUGUUCCAACCUUGUAGUGAUUCUAAACGCAGAAAGUCAGCCAGGACUGGUUAAUUUUCUCAAUCUAAACAUCCUGUUUCUCAGAAGAGCGCUGUACUUAGGGGAGUUGACUCUUGAGGGUAUCAGAGCUCCACCAGUGAAUGUCUUUUCUUCACUUCAUCCGAAGACGGCUACCAAUAAUCAGAGUUUCAUUAGAAAAUCUGGUGGAAGAUCAAUACUGGUUCCUGUCAAUGGAUCACAAUCUCAGAAAAUUUUAAAGUCUUCUGUUACUGUGCCUGCGUUAAGACCUUCGUCGACUGUUAAUGUACCAGUAGUCAAUAAAACUAUGUCUGCAGCUACUAGAAUGGUUUCAUUAACGGUUAUGGCUGGUACUACUCAAGUGAGAAAUAGUCAAACUUUGCUUACUCCUGCUAAAGCUCAAAUUCAAGCAGUUAACUCUCUUGAUAAAUUAAAACCAGUUUUUACUCCAGUAAGUGGUAAGAGAAUUAUUCAAAAAUCACCAGCAGUCACUAGCUUGAAGACUUCUCAAAACUUAUCAACAGUAGUUUCUAAUGUUCACGGAUUAUCAUUGCCUAAAAUUUCUAAUAUGACUGUACCAUUAUUGUCAUCAAUUUCUAAUGCAAGUGGACCAUCACUGCCAAUUAUGUCUUAUGGAAAUAUCAAAAAAUUACCAGUUUCAACAAGCUCAACUGUUCAAAGACCUUUAAAUCAUGGAAUUAAAAUUGACAAUGUCCAACCAGUUAAUAAAAAAAAUUUAACAAUUUCACCAUUGGCAAAAGAUGAUAAAAAAGAAGUGUCUCCAGAGACUAAUGUGGCUAAGCUCACAGAUAUUAUGGAACUGGGAGUUGUUGAUAUAGAGAAAGAAUCAGAAAUUAGUUCGCAUGAAAAAAUUGGUGAAGAAAUUCGAUCCUGUGAAGAUAAGUUGUUUUUAAUCUCGUCAGUCUUGAAAGAAAAAAUUAAUAAAAUUCUACAUAAGCAUGAAAUUGAAGCAUAUAACAAAGAUGUUCUUGCUUUGGUGUCUCAUGCAACCGAACAAAGGCUCAAGGAUUUGGUGGAGAAAAUGGGAGUCGUAGCUGAACAUCGCGUAGAUUUAAACAGAACUGAUCCACAGUAUGAACCGACGCAGGAUGUUAGAGCUCAGCUGAGAUUCCUUGAGGAAGUUGAUAAAGCUCAGAGCGAUAAACGAGAAGCUGAGGAACGCCAGGCAAUUCUUAAAGCAAGCAAGAGUAGAUCGAAGAAUGAAGAGCUUGCUAAGCUGAAGGAGCAAGCCAAGGCAAUUCAAAAAGCUGAAAUGGAAGAAAGGCUGACUCGUGAUACUAAUUUGGCAGCGCUGCAAGCGUUAGGUCCUAUGAGAAAGAAGCCAAGGCUUGAAGAUAAUACGGUUUCUGCUUUGACUCGUAGGGUAAUGAGGCCUAGAAUCAAGAGAGUCUGCACAAAGGAUUUGAUAUUUGUUCUCCAGCAAGAAAAAUAUUCAUGCCGCAGCCAAUUUCUGUACAAAGCUUAUUUAAAAUCUAUUAAAAAAUAAUUAAACCAUUUAAAUGUUUUUUCAACAAUUACAGUUAUUCAACUUGUAUUUUUGU